CCGAGCGCGCGCUCUGAAUCGCGUGUGACCCAUUGCACGGUUUGUCGCCCUGUUCCAAGGUAGUGCAUUGCACAUAUCUAGAUUGAAGAUGGCUGAUGAGAUGUCCAUGGUCUCGUCCAUGUCUGGAAUAACCUCAGAGAUGAGCACCCAGUCGGCCGGCACAGGUGGUAACGUGCAGACCGCCGACGAGGGCACUGCAAGGUAAAGACGUUUCUUGUCAGCUAAGGGACUACAAGAAAUUUCUUUUCGUCCUUGUUCCAUGCGCCGUACUCUUUCUGAUAGCAGGUGUAGGUGUAGUAAGCUCCAUCAUCAUUCAAGGAGGGGGAGGGGCAUCGGGAGGAGGAGAACCUGGUACAGAGGAUGAGGAUCAAAAUGAUCAUUACAACGACGCAUAUGCGGCCCAGGAUAUCACUCCCAUGUCCCCUACCACGACAACGACCACUACUACCACCACCACAACUACUACCACCACAACGACUACGACAACCACUAGGAAACCGCUGCCUGCCAAUUUCCUGCUCUGCAGUAGAACCUACAUUCGAAUCAUGGACGAUGGAUACUGCGAAACUGGCCCAUGUGACAUGGGAGUUUUAUCAGCGGAUUCUCCUCACAUCAACCUGACGGGCUUGGAGGAUAGUUUGGCUGCGUCCAAUUUGCCCGAGGGUCUACAAUUGUGGCACAAGAACAUCGUAAAGAAUAUAGCGUCCACGACUACGAUGUAUGGCUUGGACUUCACAACAACAUUCAGGCGUAGUAGCCUCGAUCGACUCAAAGGAGAAGCAGGUGCGCGAAGGUUUAACACGUUGUGGGAAAUGAACAUUAUGAACUUUGGUGUCCUGGACACAAAUCUGACAUCCCGCACCACCAGUGCAGAAAUAGACGAAGUGAUUACAACUGUAAAGUUGUUACAAGAACUUCAACUUGCCAAGAUGAAACAGGACGGUAACCACACAGGUUAUCACUUCAUAGGAGUAGCUCCUAUUUACGAAAAGGACCCAGACGAUAUAAUGAAGAACCAUUUUGCCAGACUCAUCCGUGAACUUCAUCCAGACAUCGUCCUUUUUCGAACAACAGACCUAUUGCCGGACAGGACCUCAGUCACGCGUGCCAUGUUUGGGCCAUCACCGUGGGCGGAAGCUGUUGGUCAGCCGACAUUCGUAAAUAGCUUGAAGUUCAUGCACCAAGUGACAUUGCCCGAGGGGACGAAACCACUCCUCUCCUUCAGCAUGGCUGUGUGGUUUGUACGGGUCCACGAAUAUGCGAUCGUCCGAGGCUGGGACUAUUUCAGCGCAGCUCAUCUCAGAUGCCUUUACAAAGAAGGCGAGGUUGAGUUUGAAUGCUCUAUGGGCAGUUUCUUCUCGGACAUAAUGCGGCCACCAAAUGACUGCGACUAUGCGAGGUUCCAGAGAAGAGUUAGGAGUGACGACUUUAACAUAGUCGCAUGGUACGACCCACAAGAAACAAAGAGAAUGAAGAUCUGUUUGUCUACAGUGAAGCACAACUUCAGCGGUGGAUGGGCGGUGUUUGACACUAACAUCCUUCAAGAUCGUCCUUUUUGUUCUAGGCACACACACAAGUGUGACCAGAUGGACUUAAUGCGGCAGUACGUGGAUGUCGCCCAUACAUGGAGCAGUUGCACGCUAGAUAAGUGCUUUCACUAGCGCACACUGGAAUAAAGGCAUAACUAC